AUGAGCCAUUCAAUAAACCGACGUACGACAAGAAUGAUUGAAUCUAUAUUUAUUCAUCUCUGUUUUCUUCGGCACGCACGCACACCCCCUCAUCUUCCCCGCAAACAAGAUCCCUUCGCGGAUGAGAGGGGCGAUGAUCAUUAUGAAGCACGAAGAAUAAGUGUUACUUUUGGACUUUUUUCAUCAGAGAAUCAUAAUGACGAAAUCUCUUCCGACCAAAGCUCCGCAGGACAACCCGUUGAUCGUCGGCCCCCUCUUCCUGCAGCUGGAAAUCCUAAAGCCGGUGGCCUCAAUCACAAACGAGAAGAAACAAUUGACCAGGAUGAACGAAGACGACUAACUCUAGCGACCAAAUUGAAGACACUUGCACCGGAGCAUCCGUAUACUUCAUCGUAUCGCGAAAUAGGAAAUUACUUGCAAGGUCAAGGCCGAUUAGAAGAAGCCAUGCAGCAAUACCACAUAGAACUUCAGAUCAAUCUGGGGUCAUUUGGACUGAUGCAUUCUGAAACCGCAACAACAUGUUUUUGUAUUGGAACCGUCUUGUGUGAGCACGGCAAGCGCGAGGAGGCCUUGGAGCAAUAUCAACUGGCGCUUGCGAUCAGACUGACGACUCUUGGACCACAUCAUGCCGAAAUUGGUUCGACGUGUCACGCAAUUGGAGUAGUCUUGGGCAAGCAAGGCAAGUUGGAAGAAGCUCUGGAGCAACUUAAGAAGGCACUUGCUAUCAGAUUGCAAGCAUUUGGACCACAUCACACCAAAACAGGUGCAACAUAUGAAGCAAUAGGAGUCGUCUUGGGCAAUCAAUUCAAGUUCGAGGAAGCUCUGCAGCCAUUUCGAAUGGCGCUUGCUAUCAACAUGAAGGCAUUUGGACCAAAACAUCCAUUCACGGCAUGCACAUAUCAGAACCUAAGACUGGCUUUGAAAAUCCAUUGCAUGUGGGAGGUAGUUUGUCAAAAAAUCGAAAAGGCUCUUGCAAUCAAUAAGUGGGGGGCACUCUUAAGAGUUUUAAACAAAAAGCGAUUGGGGGGCACUCUUAAGCGUUUUCAACAAAAAGCGAUUGAGAUGGAAUUGAAGGCAUUCGGACACUAA